AUGACAGGAGUGCCACUUCUCAGUCUGCAAGGGGCACUGGAAUGGAAGCCCGGUGCAGACCCCCUCCAGAAUGAAGACCUGGUCCAGAUGUGGCUGGAGGUCAAGAUAAAACCGCUGCUGAAAUCCAUCACUAAAGACUUCCUGUCCUGCCUCAGCACCAAGAACUUCAGCUGCUCCACCUUCCAAACUGUGGUGAGGGAGCUCGGUCACUAUUAUUCUGAGAUGACUCCAGUCAGACAAAGGUGGAUCUACACGUUCUUUAUGUACCCCUUCCUGUCUGGAGACAGGGUGGCAGGUUGUGUGAGCCCGGAGGAGAGCAGUGAGGAGUGGCUAAUGAAGAAUUUUGGUGCCUUCAGAGCCAUGGCCCGAAUGAAGGACUUUUCAACACUCAACAUGGUCUUCAGUGGAUUGGAGGUUCUUCACCUGUUGUCUCCAGCGCAGAAGGCCGAGCUGCUGCUGAUGCCUGAGGUCGCAGGUUUGGGCAACGGCACCUUAACCCUGGUCUUCCACAGUUUGUUGACAGGGGGCUCUGGCCCUCCUCCCACCAUGAGCCCCGAUGGGGGCUACAACUGGACGAGCCCUGGAUAUCCAUCUACCUAUCUCCCACAACCUACAUAUAACUCGCUGUCCCCUCAACACAGCAUCAGAGAGGUUUUAAACGGGUUCAUGACGGCUUUCAGACCCAUUGGGAGCUUCGUUCAUGACUUUGUGUCCUUCACACAUGAGAGAAACGUGUCAGAAAUAAGCAGUGCCACUCUGACCCAGUUCCUGCUCAACUGGACCCUGGCUGAGCUGGCAGACAUUUACCGGCCCCAAAACACGUCUGUCCUCCCAGAGACGCCAAAGUUUGAUGUGACGAACGUGGAGGACUGGUACCAGCAGGUCGUGAUGCCGGUGUUACGUAGGUUCCUGCCAAACGAUGAGGCCCUGCUGCAUCGAAACAUCACGCUCGCCUUUCACGACGUGUUCUAUCUGGACCACGGCAUGGACAACGAAACCUCUGAGAUCCAGGAUGUUUGUAGCAUCACCCUCGAUAAGAACCCUUGCGCGCUGACCAAUGCAGUGGAAAAUGUGGCCCACGUUUUGCACUGCGCCGCUCGUACCAACCUGACAAUGUCCGAGGAGACGGUCAUGAGACUGAUUAUGGAGCUGACAGAACGUCUGAACUCACUGUUCAUGGAGUUGUCCACGGCAAACUUCAGCGAGGUGGCAUCAAACUUUCGGCAGAUCUUCGGUGAGCCGGACUCCCCGUCUCUGACCCAGGAACACCUGCAGGACCCGAAGUUCAUCAAGCUCUGGUUCCAGAUCAAACUGAUGCCCCUCCUGCCUGACAUAGCCCCAGCCCUCCUCUCCUGCCUCAGCACCAAGAACUUCUCCUGCCCCGUUUACCAAACCAUUGUCGCAGCUCUCAGCAAAUACAUGGGUUUCAUGGAUGCAGAGCCGAUGUACAGUCAUAACAUCUAUGAGCACUUCAUCUACUCCUUCCUGCUGCAUCACAACACCUCUGACCCCCAGUGUCUCUCCUCAGCCAAUCACAGUGCAGAGUGGCUGGAAGACAACUUUGGCUUCUUCUCGAGAUUCGCCCCGGUCACCGACUUCUACAAGCUCAACCCCAACUUCUCUGGACUGGAGGUUCUUCACCUCUUGUCUCCAGAACAGAUAGCAGAGAUGCUGUUGUUGCCUCUUCCUACUCCUCCAGAGAAAGAAGUUGUUAUCAACCGAGUGUUUGACUUCCUGAUGGAGUCCCCUGCGAGAUUUCCAGAGGUCCUACACUACCUGGUUCAGCUCGCCAAAAAGGUCAAUCCACCCUGUGCUGUCUACAGACACAUUUUUGAGCGACUGUACGGUGCGAUACUGUCUCUGCCUCUGGACAUGGAGCCAGUCACCUGGGCUGGCAUAGACAAACUGAUGAGCAUUGCACCAGAUGAUUGCAUCAUAAACAGUGGGCAGUGCAACGUUACCGUGACGAAUGAAACUGACAUUUGUGUUGGAGUGAACAGCACAGGGCUGCAGCUCCACCUUGACGGCGGGAAGACGAGGGGCCGUCUCUGUGACUUUGCCGUCGAGGAAUUUGCUUGUGCCUCGCUGUCAGCGUUAACGGCAGAGGAUCUGGCGGCGAUGCUGACGUGCAGUCGCUCCUCCAACUCCAGCGGAUCCAGACCCGUCUGGAAGCUUCUCCUCUCCAAAGCCUCUCAUGUGCUCGAUGAAGCUCUGGAUCUUCUAACCAACAAGACUCUGGACCCCAGAAAUCCUGCACUGUCAUUGGUUCUGGACUCUAUACGAGAAAUCCGAUUGGACACCUUCAGCUUGGCCAGCCUCAAUGAUCCUGCCCUCAUCCAGCUGUGGUUCAACCGCCGGCUCCGCCCGUUCCUGCCUGCUGUUUCCCCUGAAUGGCUGGCGUGUCUCACCACAAGGGGAUUGAACUGCAGCACCUACCAACGCAUUUUGCAGAUUUUGAGUCGUCAAUAUCCACACAUGACACAGGCCAGGAGGAUGUCUGUCUACACACACUUCAUUAAGGUUUUCCUGACCCGGAACGACACUGCAGACCCCAGCUGCAGCUCACACACUAACAACAGUGGAGAAUGGCUGAAGAAGAACCUGGGAGGUUUCUCUGUCCUCGUGUCCUUCCACGACCUACAGAAGCUCUACUCCAACUUCUCAGCGAUGGAAGCGUUGCCACAGCUGACAGUCAGGCAGCUAGCAGAGGUGUCCGCCACACCUGGCCAGCUCACCUCCGCUGCCCAGGUUAAAAUGGUGAUGAAACACGUCCCCGGCCAAAAGCUCCCUGCCUUCUUUGACGACUUCUCACCUGCUAUCAUGGGUCAUGAAAAAAUGUUCCCCUCUGCGGUGAGGUCCGCCAUGUUGCAGGUUGUGUUCGAUCGCGCAAACCUCUCAGAUCACUCAGUGAGCGACUCAGUGGUGUCGCUGUGGCUCCGCAACCGACUGCGCCCCCUGCUGGUCAACCUGUCACCGCUAUAUGUUGCACCAUUCUUCAGAAUACUGACGGGAAGAAACUGCAGUAUCGGGGAGCAGGGAGUAGAGGACCUAAAUUCAACAAUCUCAUCUCUCAGUGAAGAUGCAAAGAAAGAAAUCCACAACCACAUCAUUCAGACUCUCAGAGGACCAGUACCUCUCCACUGCUACGGCAACAACUACAACCACAGUUUCUACAGUUUCCUGGAGAGUUCAUUCAUGGGUUUCCAGUUCCCCAACCUGACCACCGUGCUGUCGCUCAUGCCUCACGACAGAAUGCAUCAGUUGGUGAACUCCAUGCCUCUCAGAGCUCUUGGGGAUUUCCUCAGUCGUCCCGACGUUGUCGACAACGACGCACAGCUCUGUCUGCUGUACAACAACUACAUCAAGACACCGAUGUUCCUGGAGACCGAGUCUCUCCCGGCGGCAGUGAGGCGGCCCACACUGCCUUGCGUCUGGCCCAUGGCUCUCAGCAGCUCCACGAGGUCAGAGGUCAACACUUGGUUUAACCGACGCCUCCACAACUACUUGGUCUUCCUCACAAAGACUCUGAUCAGCCCCAGCGUCACGCACAACGCCACCUGUCCGGCCUUCCAAAAGCUCAUCUCAGUUCUUGGUGAAUACAACUACACUGCUGCAGACUUUGGAAGGCGAGAUGUGUUCAGCACCAUCAGGGCCUACCUCACCUCAGCGACGGCGCCAAGGUGUUACAAUCCCGGCGACCCAGAACUGAACUCUACAGCCUGGUUUGCUGAGUACAUCGGCCCUUUCAUAUCUUUCCUGACUCUGGAGGAUCUUCAGUCUUUUGGAUCAGCACAGGUUAUCCAGGUGUUCACGGUGAACCCUCUGAAUUUGGCCCUCCUCAACCACUCCGCCUUGCCUCUCAACCUCACCGACUACUACACUGAGCUUGUUUAUCAGCAGGACAGCAACUUCAACCCCUUACUUCUCCCUCUGUUGUGUCGGUGUGUCGCUCCUGGCCCAGCAUUCACCCAGCUGACGGCAGAAGAAAGCAUAAUAGUGCUGGACAACCUGACCAAUCUCUGCUCCAACCUGGACCCACAGGUUUCUGCAGCUUUGGCGGGUAACCUCGGAAGCACCAUUGAUGCCACGGAAAUUGCUGCCCUGGGCAACGAAAGCACCGGCAUGUCCACGGGCCAGAUCAAGACAAUAAAGCCUGAGGACCUAUUUGCUGCCCUGAGUGUUCUCAGCAGUGUGAUGGGCUGGAACGAAGGUCAGGCCAAGGCCAUUGUCCAGUCGCUGAUGUCUUCAGGGGUCCUGCAGAUCAACAGCACGUCAUCCUUGUUCAUGCUGGGCUCUCUUGUUGUGGGUGUUCCUGCUACAGUCUUCACCAGCAUCAGUGGCUCCCAGCUUGUUACUGCAACUAAAAAUCCUUCAUUCCUGGCGCACUUGAUGUCAGCUCCACAGAUCGUCCAGCAGUCCUUUGUCACUCAGAUCAUAUCAGUGAACAGCGACAGCGAGGAGAUCAUACAGAACAUUCCAGAUGAACUGGCCACUGAGAUCCCUCGGGCUCUGCUGCUGGGCUUCUCGAAUAACGGGGAAGUUAUCACAACACUCAACAAGAAGAAAUGGAAACAGCAGCAGGUUGAGUUAUUCUUCAAUGUGAUAGCUGUUGAAAAUGCAACCGCGGAGCUGGGAGGUCCAAACAAUUUGUCAUCCUCCGUGCUGCAAGGGUUCACCUGCGCCGCCGUGAGGACUAUUCAAAAAGUUCAGAUCAAGAAGCUGAUCGAAGCCUGUCGGAGGAAAGGCAGGAACAAGGUCACACUGGUGGAGACUCAGCUGACCUGCAUGUACAACUACAUAAAAGGAGAUUCAGAUGCCACCAGCUUCGACCUCUAUCCUCCGGAUGUGCUGCUGUACUAUGAUUACUCGAUGGUGCCACAGCCCAGCUGCAGGUCCUAUUUCGAACAGCUGGCAGAUGCAGACUUCUCCGUCUUCUCCUCCGCCCUCAGCUACAAACGUACUGCUCUGUUUGCUAAUGCCAGGAGCUGCCUGGAUAUAACGAACACGAAUCUGACUAAGGAUAACAUACUGGUGUUGGGAAACAUGUGCUGCACUCUGGAUGGGUCCUACAUCGAGAACUCUGACUCGUUCAUUUUGGAAAAAGUCAAGAACUGCCCGGACCUCACUGACGCUCAAGCCUCUGCUGUUCAGACCCUGCUGCUGAGCGGGAAAACGCAGUACGGAGAGCCAUCAACAUGGAAUAGACAAAGUCUGGAGGACCUCGGGAUGUUACCGCUGUAUUUGACCUCCAUGUUCUAUGAUAACUUUGACAAAAGAACGAAGAAACAGUUCUUGAGGUACUUCCUGAAAGUUAUCAAAAGCAACGGAGUGGACCGACAGAAGAGGAGGAGGCUGAAGAGAGAAAUAAGAAUGAGCAUCAGAAAGAAGUCAAAGCGAUCCAUAGUCAAUGAGUGCACCGUAGGAACCAUCACCCAGGUGACCAUCAGCGACGAGACGUUCCCCUUCAGCUACGACGACGUAACCCAGUUCAACUGCUGCCUCAGUGCCGCGACCGUUAGAGACAACCUGGAUGCCAUCACAGACAAGGUGGACCAGGAGGAAUACCUCAAGAUUGUUCUCAGCAAGCUGCAAGAGGCUUAUGCUGCCAGCUCUACCAUCCCGGAAGACCAGGUUCAGCUCUUAGGCCCAGCAUCUCGCGUGGCCACCGCCGACGACAUCAGCAAGUGGAGCAUCACGCACAUCGACACGCUCUCUGCGUUGAUGGACGCCUCAGAUGGGCAGUGGGACCCGAGCCUGGCUAAAGCCGUCAUCUCCAGGUACCUGGGUCAGGCAGGGAAUAUCCUUGGCAGCGCAGAGCUCAACGUCAUCGGCGGACCCAACCUGUGCACCCUGGACGUCGACGUUUUGAGGAACAUUUCCCAACAAAGCCUCAAAGAGGCCAGCGCCCUCGCUGUGUCCAACUGCACCGCAGAGAAGAAGAAAGUGCUGUUCACCAUAGCCAGACAAGCGUUUAACGGAAACACCCGCUCGACGGUCCCUCUAUCCUCCUACCAGCUCACAAAAUCUUAUGUCGGGGGUGCGACUCCAGACUACAUCAGAAGUUUGGCGGCCUCCAAUGUCAACAUGGACAUGGCUACCUUCACCAGUCUGGAUGAGAACGUUGUGCUGGACCUGACUGUCAGUGAAGUUAAAGGUCUUCUGGGCACCAACCUGCCAGAUCUGAAGUCCUAUGAAAACCAAACGCUGGUACAGAGCUGGAUCAGCAGGCAGUUCCAGUCAGAGCUUGAAACGCUUGGCGUGGGGCUUGUGGGAGGUAAGGCUGACCCCGCAGCCACCACCGACUCUCCCGCUGCCACCACCGUCUCAAGCAGCCCGUCGUCAACAGCGUCUGGAUCCAGCAGCUCCACGCCGAGCUUUACUACCGCCAAAGGGAAUGGCAGCCGCAUCCGAGCAGACGCUGGCCUCCCCCUCCUCGCGCUCCUCGCGCUCUUCAUCACUUCCCAGCACUUUGUGGUGUGAAGAACCAGGAAUCACACAGGGCUGAUUAUUGAAAUCCACUGUCCAGAAUCGUUAGGUGGAAAAGAUGAUGAUUAUUUAUCACUAAUAUGAGAAAAAGACAGACAGGGUUACCUCAAGCCAUAAGUGACAUAAAAUGGCUACAUACCACACUGCAUUAGUUACUAUGAAUGAAAUAUUUUUGUGCAAUAACGACAAAAAAGAUGUAAAUAAUGUAUUCUUUGCCAGCUAGUCCUUCAGUAGCCAAAAUGUAUACUCUGAAAACUUUUUACACAUAAUUUUUAAGGACUUAUAUUUGCUUUAUUCAUAUUUGAGUCUUUUUUCCUGAAGCUUCAGUUGUUGUAAAUGCUGAAAUGAAGGUUAAAGAGAAAAAUGAAGGUGACAGUUUCUGGUGCAUCUGUGUGGCUGUAGUCCCGUGUAUCCAUGUUGAGAUAGCACUUUUUUUAGGCAGGCUUACUUUGAAAAAUGAACGGUAUGCCCCGAGCUUGAUGAGAUUAAUAAUAAAUGCACAUUGCUUGUCUUUGCACAAUCAUCGAAGCUCAUCAUUUGCUUAGUCACAGUUUAUUAAUAUUCAAGGAUGAAAAG